GGGAGGAACAAAGAGCGGCUGCAGCAGUGUGGUGGUGACUGUGGUGAUGGGAAUGAGGCGUUUGUGAGGUUACAGUGGUCGUGCCUCUUCAAGUAAAACGCGCUAAACUACGUGGUUGAAGAGACAAAAAAUAAGAGAGGUCAACAUGGAGGAAAUUUUGAUUCUACAAAUGGGAGGCACCAUCGACAAAGACUACCCAAAGACUAAAGCUGGCCGCGCCUUCGAAGUUGGCGAGCCGUCUGUGCGCAGAGUGAUGGCCCGUCUUCGUCCCUCUCGUUCCGUCAUCACCUCCCUCCACACUGUGUGCAGGAAGGACAGCCUCGAUCUAACAGAGGACGACAGACAGGCCUUGGCCACAAAAGUGUCCGAGGCCACCCAGUCCCGUGUUGUAGUCACUCACGGCACAGAUUCCCUCAUAGACACCGCAACGCACCUGGCCACACAUCUGCGUCAUCGCGGCAUCGCCAGCAAGACGGUAGUCUUCACGGGGGCACACACACCAGAGAAGUUCCGGGAUUCCGACGCGGACUUCAACAUUGGCGUGGCGAUCGGGGCGGUGCAGGCUGCCGGCCCUGGGGUGUUCGUGGCUAUGAACGGAAUCUUACUUCCCUGGGACCGUGUGGAGCGGGACGACAUUGGACAGUUUGUGCCUCGUCGACGACAACUUCCGGUCACAGUGUAAACUUUCCUUCCUUUUUCCUGUUCAUUCCCUUCCUUCGUCCUCUCGUUUGCUCAUUUACGUCUCCUUUUCUUGUUCACUCUCCUCCUACCAUCCUUUCUUUCCUUCUUUUGUUGUUUGUUGUUGUCAUCUUCCCAUUCUACCAUUCCCCUCUCCUUCCUCGGUUUAUUAAUUUUCUUCCCAUCCUUCUUUCCCUCCUACUUCUCUGGUUUGUUAAUUACCUACCUUCCUCUCCUACCUUACUUCCUCAUUAUCUGAGUUGUCAAUUUCCUACACACAUACACAUCGUUUCUUCCCUAAUAUAUAUAUAUAUAUAUAUAUAUAUAUAUAUAUAUAUAUAUAUAUAUAUAUAUAUAUAUAUAUAUAUAUAUAUAUAUAUAUGUGUGUGUGUGUGUGUGUGUGUGUGUGUGUGUGUGUGUGUGUGUGUGUGUGUGUGUGUGUGUGUUUAAUUUUUUUUCUACUCCCCCCAUCUUUCCUUCCCUCCCUCCUCUCAUCCAUGUUAAUUUCUUUUCCCGCCGUCUUUUCUUCUCUCCUUCCUCUCAGUUAUGGUAACUACGUAUUCCCAUACUACUGCAAACCUUUUUCACCUGUUAAUUCCCUUGUCCCGCCUCUCUCCUUCCUUUCUUCCUCUUUUGUUUGUUUGUUCUCUUUCUUUAUUUUGUCAUUAUCAUAGUCAACUCUUACAUGUUUUCUUCACCUCUCAUUUUUACCUUCUCUUUUUAAUAAGUGCCAAUUCCUCCUCUUCAUUUUUACACUUCUUUAAUCAUCUCCACCUCACUCUUCCUCCAAUCCAUCUCAUCCUUGUUUCUUUCCCAUACUUUCUUAUUCUGUUUCCGUCCUUUUAGUCCUUUCCUUCCAUGCAUUUACGCAUUCACUUAUUUUUUUUCUCAAUAACGUUUAUUUUUCCUUCCUUCCUUUUCUCCAGUUAGUAUUAUUCCUUUCACCUUUCCAUUCCAUCUUCUCUUUUUUUCUUUCUACUUUACUUAACUCCUUUGCAUUCUUAAAUAGAUGAGAGAGAGAGAGAGAGAGAGAGAGAGAGAGAGAGAGAGAGAGAGAGAGAGAGAGAGAUAAUGAGAAUCAUUAAUUCAUGAGCUAAUAAUGAAACACGUGUCUCUCAGGCAUUUACAUAGUUGAAUCAUCAGUGGUCCUCGGCACACACGUGUGGCAAUAGAAGUGAUAAUAAGGCUUUUUAUUCAAGUUCUUUUUUCCUAUGAUUCACUAGAUCCAACUGUUCAAUGUGAGGGACAUGAAAAUAUGACUUUUUUAGGUAAAAUGUUUACAUCAGACAAGACGGCAGUGAUUUUGUAUUAAAUGUUGGUGUACAA